UGCCUAUGAAGUAGCACGUCAGUUCCUUUUUGAGGAGGCAGGGGAAGGCACUUCAGAUCGCACUCUGUCCUACGGUGUUUCAACGCAAGCGUGGUCCCGGCUUUGGCAAAUUUGUGUUCCUCCCAAGGUUAAGGUGCUCAUCUGGCGUGUGCUUCUCAACAUCCUUCCCACAAGAGAACGGCUGCGCAGCAAAGGAAUCCAAGGGGAUGUUGGUGUUUGUGGGUUGUGUGGGGCCCGGGAGGAGACACUACAUCAUGUUCUCUUGGACUGCUCUUUCACAGCUUUAAUCUGGCAGAACAGCCCUUUGCAGACUGAAUGGCGUGAUCAUGAUACACGGGACCUCAAUGGCUGGCUCGAGCAUAUUCUGAUGGGUGGGGAUCGUCAUAAAACUGAGCUUCUUUUUAUGCUUAUAUGGAAUCUCUGGAAUGAGCGCAACACGGUCGUAUGGACAGCAAAGCGUAGAAGCCCUUGUGAAGUUGUUGAUGGCGCUGUGCGAUUGCUGCAAGAAUUCAAAGAGCAUCAGCCUACCAUGUUGCAGCCGCUCUCACGAGCCCAGGCGAAAUGGCAGAAACCCCCUCUUGGAGCCAUAAAGAUCAAUGUUGAUGGGGCUCUCCAUGUGCAAACUGGUUCCGGAGGAGGGGGGAUUAUGGCUCGAGACUCUGCAGGAUGUUUCGUGGCUGCCCGUGCAUGUCGAUUCAGCCACGUCUCUUCCCUAGAACAUGCUGAAAUUCUUGCUCUCCGUGCAGCCAUUCUAUUUUCCCAUGACCUUGGCCCGGGGCCAAAGAUCAUUGAGGGUGAUGCGCAAGGAGUGAUUCAGACUGUCCAAACCGCGCAUGAGGAUAGGUCCAUUUUAAGUUUUCUGUUUUCAGAUUGCAAGUUUUUACUUUCCCAGUUAGAGAAUACUUCUAUUCAGUUUGCUUUUAGAGAGGCUAAUCGAGUAGCCCACCGCUUAGCUCGUUUGGCUAUUACCUUACCAGGAACAUUAACGUGGCUACAGGACCCUCCUGAUGCCGUGUGUGAUGUUUUGGUAGAGGAUAUUUUGUAA